CUCUACAAAAAAAAAAAAAUCUAGAGGCAAUGAUGCAAACAAAAAUUCCUACUUUCACUCGACCAAGCUUAACUCUCCAUGAAACAAGAGCAGUUCAUCAUCCUCGUAUCUCCAUGGCUCUAUGCUCCUCUUCCUCCUCCUCAUCACCAUCGCCUUUUCACCAUAUUCUCUGCAAGUCCACCUUUCCUCUCGCUGCCUCACUCACCCUUCUCCUCUCUCCUUGCCCCGCUGAAGCAGGCUUAAUGUCCGGAAGUCCCGGAAUAGAAUCAAUUCCCGGUCCGGAAUUACCAAAGCUCGAGUUCCUUGACCGUUUCAAUGCUAAAAACCAGAAGUUCUACGCUGAAAAUGAUUCAAGGUUCAAAGAAUCUCCAAUACUCAAGAAGCUACUCGAGAACUCCAAACUAAACAAAGAAAAGAAUGAAAAAGCUAUUCAAGACAAGUAUUGUCUAAGAGGAGCAGAGUAGGGAGUAGGAGACUGUUCAACCAAUGGAAUGACAGAUGAAGAGAAGGAGCAAUUCAUCACAAUGUUGAAGAAGAAAACUGGUCUUGAAUAACAUUUUCAAAAUCACAUUUUCAAAAUCACAUUUAUGUAUGUUGAAUUAGAGAAUGAGAGAAUCUAUGCUAAUGUAGAUCAAUCAAAUCAUUUUGAUAUCCACGAGAGAAAGUGAAGCAAUAUCAUUCACAACCACUGAUUUAUCUAUCA